AUGUCCAGUUCUAACCGUUGCUUCUUGGCCUGCAUACAGGUUUCUCAGGAGACAUGUAAGGUGGUCUGCUAUUCCCAUCUCUUGAAGAAUUUACCACAGUCUGUUGUGAUCCACACAGUCAAAGGUUUUGGCAUAGUCAAUGAAGCAGAAGUAGAUGUUUUUCUGGAAUUCUCUUGCUUUCUCCAUGAUCCAACCAAUGUUGGCAAUUUGACCUCUGGUUCCUCUGCCUUUUCUAAAUCCAUAUUGUACAUUUGGAAGUUCUCAGUUAACACACUGCUGAAGCCUAGCUUGAAGGAUUUUGAUCAUUACCUUGCUAGCAUGUAA